GAGGUUUUCCUUAUGAAUCAACACAAACGUGGUGAGGCGUUUUGAAGUGCUAUUCGGGAGGUCUCCUUACCGCUUGAAUUGAGAUCACAAGCAUGGCGGGUUGGAGUUCUUCACUCCCGUCGCGCAGUGCAUGCAGAUCCCUUCGCGAUGCUCCACUUCCCGUCAAAGCGCCAUCUUCUGCUGUGCCUCCCGUGAGGGUCCCUGUUCUGUCAUCCCAUCUCAGCAAGAAGAAGCGUUGCAAUCCUGCAGCAGCACUCAGCAGUGGGGACUUUCAGACGGGUGCUGCAAGCACAAGCGGAGGUGUCGCAUGGGAUAAGACCGAAGCAGGUACUCCUCUGGAAGACCUGCCAGAGCCAGAUGGCAAUUUCUGCCUGCCCUUCAUUGGAGAGACGGCAGAGCUUAAAGCAAACCACUGGGAAUGGGCACACAAAAGGGUAAAGAAGUUUGGUCCGGUUUUUAAAAGCAACAUCUUUGGGGAAAAUGUUGUGGUGGUCACAGACUUCAGAGGCCUGCAGAAGGUGUUUGGGGGAGAUCACAAGCUCACGCAAUGGAUGACAGCGCCUUCACUGGAAGCGCUGUGUGGCGAGGAGCUCAUGGGCGCUCCAAAGCACAAGGCGUCCCACAUGAAGCAGAGGAGGCAGCAGGGCGCGGCGUUCACCCCGGAUGCAAUGGAUGCUUACCUGCCCCGAGUGGUGGAAACAUGCGAGGAAUACCUCAAUAGCUGGUCUGCGCAAGAACGCGUUAACCUCAUACCCGCGAUGCAGGAGUUGGCGUUUGACUUUGCCGAGGGCCUGGUUGUGGGCCUGGGAAUCAAGGGGGAGGAGAAGGCGUUGCUCCUGCAGAAGUGGACUGAGUUCAGCUCCAACUCCAUCACAUUCAUGCUGGACCUGCCGGGAACGCCCUACAACACAGCCAAGCGCGCGCGCGACUUCAUUCUGGAUGCCAUCCGGGACCGCGUAGCUGCCAAGAAGGCGGAGUUUGAAGCAGGCAACGUGCACAAAGACACGCUGCUGUCCUUCUUCGCCUCAGCCAAGGUGGAGGACGGAGAGCCCCUGGACGUGCACGACCUCUCGAUGAACGUGCUGAUGUUCAUGUUUGCCGGGAGCGAUACGUCGCGCGAGAGCCACAAGGUUUUGCUGGGAAUCUUGCCAGACCUGCCACCCGUCAUCCUGGACAAGCUGCGCGAGGAGCAGGCACAGAUUGUGGCAAAACACGGCACCGGCUUCAGCCGAGCCGCAAUGGCCGAGAUGCGAUACGCGGACGCAGUCGCGCGCGAAGUGCUGCGCAUCUGGGGGCCCGCAGAGUUCCUGACGGUGAAGGAGGACUUUGAGCUGCACGGCAAGCGCAUCAAGAAGGGCGCUGUGAUCCUGGCAAGCCUGAUGUAUGCCAAAGCAAGCGAUCCGCGCGUCAGCGCCGGGGAUCACGCUGAUUCUCCCCUGCCGCGCCACAUGGACAUCUCGAACCUGACCGACUCCUUCAGGCCUGAGCGCUGGCUCGAUGACAGCAACAAGCUUGACACCUCGGCGCUGGCAACGUUUGGCAUGGGCGUCCACUUCUGCCUGGGGUACCCGCUGUACAUGAUGGAAGCCAAGGUACUGCUGGCGUUAGUCGCGCGUGACUACGAUGUUACCAAUCUCUCCGGAUCCCCCGUCGACUGGGGGGUCUCCCCCUCUGCUCGGUCCCCCACCUCCGAUGUCUUCCUGCGCUUCACUCCGCGCCACAGCGUCUGAUCAUGAUCGGCAUGUCUGACUCAUCAAGCAUGCCUGCCCUUUGCUCUGUGCCAAAAUUGGCACUGCCAUAUGUUUGAUUAUUAUUGGCAUGUCUGGUCUAAACGAGCCCUGAGAAUGACGCCAUCAAAGACCUCACUGAGAAGCUUGGUGAGCCGAAUGAUGCAGAUCGACUUGCCAUGUACUAUGCUGGUGCAUGUCUUGCAUUCGCUGGGUACGAUUUGAUAACAGGACCCCUGUCCAUGUAACGCUGUUAGUCCUGCGUU